CCCCACCCCGCCCGGCCAGAGUCUCAGUCAGGGAGCCCCGGCAGCUGGCACAGAGAACCCAGGUGUCCGGCCGGGCACCGCACUCGGCUCUCUGCAAGGCCAGGGCAGGCAGCGACCCCCUGGGGAGGGGGCAGGGCCAUGGGGCGUCGGCCCGGGAGCUGGGACCCCCCGCAUGGGGCGGCCCCUGGAAAGGGCUGCUGCUGGCAGCCUCCGUCCUGGGCUCCUGCCUCCAGCCGGCGCCGGCCCAGACCCCAGUGACCAUCGUCCUCACCCCGCCGAGCCCCGUGGUGGGAGGGGGCGUCAGCCUGGCCCCGCAGCCACCGCCACAGGAUUUGCUGACCUGCAACUGGUACCGAUCAGCGACCGUGACUGAUCCAAACAGCCUGAUCCUCACCUACGUCCAAUAUCCAAACCCCGCUCAGAACAACGGCCCGGCCCACACGGGGCGGGAGACAGCGGGGCCGGGCUGCGCCCUGAACAUGGCGGGGUUAAUGCUGAACUACACCGGGAACUACACGGUGCAGAUACAGAGCUCUACCGCUGCUAACCCUGUCCGCUCCACGGUGGUUCUGCGCGUCUCUGAAAUGCUGCCCAGGCCCACAGUGACGCCAAACCAAACCCUCGUGCCUGAGAAUGGGACUUUCAACCUCACGUGUAACACUUCCCCCAGUGCUGACAUCGUGCUCUGGCUCCGGGACAGGGUGUCCCCCUCGGACAGUGAGCGGCUGGUUCUAUCCUCUGACAACCGGACUCUCACAGUGAUGAAUGUGACCAGGGGCGACGCCGGCGCCUACCAGUGCGAGGUCAGGAACCCCGUCAGCACCAACCGCAGUGAGCCCAGCAACGUCACGGUGGCCUAUGGGCCAGACUCCGCCAGGAUAGAGCCACCAGAACUCCUCCCCCAGCCCUUGGGGUCCCUUGUCAGCCUGACGUGCGUCUCUGAGUCCGUCCCAGCCCCGCACUAUCGCUGGGUUCUCAACAGCACUGAAUUAAAGGAGACCGGGAGCAGCUUGACCCUUAAUCUGACGAGCUUGGAUCAGCAGGGCACGUACAUGUGCCAGGCACAGAACCCCGUCACCAACCUGACCAAGAACAGCACCACCCUGGUAAUCCAGGUGCUGGAAAUCCUGCCCAAGCCCACGGUGACGCCAAACCAAACCCUGGUGCUGGAGAACAGGACCCUCACCCUCACGUGUAAUGGCUCCCCCAGCGCCGACACCGUGCUCUGGUUCCGGGAUGGGGCAUCCCUUGUGCCCAGUGAGCGGCUGGGGCUGUCCCCUGACAACCGGACCCUCACAGUGCCAAAUGUCAUCCGGGGCGACGCCGGCGCCUACCAGUGCGAGGUCGGGAACCCCGUCAGCACCAACCGCAGCGAGCCCAGCAACAUCACGGUGGCCUAUGGGCCGGACUCAGCCAAGAUAGACCAGUCGGGAUCCAUUACCCUCGGGUCCCCUCUGACCCUGACGUGCGUCGCCGACUCCGUUCCAGCCCCGAGCUAUCGCUGGGUUCUCAACGGCACCGACGCUAAAGAGACUGGAAGCAGCUUGACCAUUAACUCCAUUACUCAGGAUCACCAGGGCAUGUACAUGUGCCAGGCUCACAAUCCCGUCACCAACCUCACUGCCUCAGCAUCUGUGGAUGUGCGGUUAAAGGCACCUUCACCCCUAGGCCUGACACCCGGAGCCAUCGCCGGGAUCGUCAUCGGGUCGAUGGCCGGGGCGGCGCUGCUCGGGGGCCUGCUCUACUUCCUGCUCCGCAAAACUGGAGGGGGGCCCAAGCAGCGCCCGCCCGUCGGAGGCCAGGCCGCCCCCGCCCCCAAUCAGGGCGUCUGUGACAACAAACCUACCUUGGGUGACGAAGACAUUCAGUAUUCUACACUCGCUUUCACCGCAGGAGACCAGAAGCCGCCGCCCGGGCCCGAGCCCCCCCGGGAGAGCGGCACUGUCUACUCAGAAAUCAGAAAGAAAUGACUGUGAUUUGCUUGGGACCUCGGGAAUCACUGCACGCCCCCCCACCCCACCGCCCAGGGGAGCUUCUGCAGCACCCCCCCCCCACCCCCAAUGCAGCACUCGCUGUGGGGCAGCUCCGGUCCCACCUACCCCCUCCCCACCAUGCAGGGUCACUGCCCACUGAGCACGCGUGUGAUACCCUCCCCGGGUGAGGGCCGUCAGGACUCCUGAGGGGCUCUGGGAAUGGAGGGGGUUCUAGUGGUUAGAGCAGGGGGCUGGGAACCAGGACUCCUGGGUUAAUCUCUGCUUUGCACAGGGGUCGGGGCUGGGGGGGGGGGUGCUGUGCAGGGGGGGAUGGUCUGUGUGUGGGGCUGAAGGAUAACGGCGACACCCCCACCCCAGGCCGCGCUGUUGGUGCUGGCUGGGCGUGGGGUGUGGAUCUGGGCAGCCCCGGUGCAGGGGUGAGGCAGUGCAGUCACCCCAUAGCAUCUCAGCCCAGAGCCCUGUGCCCCCCAGCUCCACCCCCAGCUCUCCGCAUCCCCCUCCCCAAGCCUCCCGCUGUCAGACAGUGUCCGAGGUGCAGGGGGGUUGUGCUGCUCAGGUGGGUGUGGGAUGAUGAUUGUGAGGGGCUAGGGGGGUGUCGCUCACAGCGGGUGGGACUGGCUGAUCGGGGUUUGUACCGUGAUUGACGCUGUUUGUAAUAAAACAAAAUGUCAAAACUG